UAGAUCCGACCCGGUACUGAAAACGUUCAUUUUUGUAUCAUCACGUCGUCUCCGCGAGCUCUGAAUCUUGGGAAUGGCGGACGACGCGAACAGAGCUACUUUCUUGGAAAUCCAAGGUCGCAUGAUUGAGAUUACUGGGAAGCUGAAGCAGGUGCAGACCCAAAUACGAAACAAGGAGGGAGAAAAGAAGCGCGCCUUUUUAACCUUGGAGGAACUUAAACAGUUGUCUGAUGACACUAAUGCAUACAAAUCUAUAGGGAGAACGUUUGUUUUAGAGCCAAAGUCGGUUCUAAUGAAUGAACAGGAGCAAAAGCUAAAGGAUAGUGAAGCUGCAAUUGGUUCACUGCAUAGCUCAAAGGAGUAUUUGGAGAAGCAGUUGGCAGAGGUGGAGAACAACUUGAGGGAGCUGCUGCAACAAGAUCCAGGUAUAGCUCGCCAGAUUAUGUCCAUGUCUUUAGCAUAAGACAAGCUCUCCCCCAUUGGAUUUGUGAUUAGCUAAGCUUCUUGUAUUGUAUGCUCACAUGCUUGGGUCAGAAGAAUGACCGGUGUGAUGUUGUGAGGUGUGAUUCUACUUGGCUGGCUUCUAUUAUUUCUGAUGUCAAAACUUUGUUUUUGAAAUGCAAUUCAUACUCCCAAGUCCC